GCGACAGGAAGCCUUCUACGCAUGCGUAAAGUGACGUGGCAGUCUGCUAUUGGAUAUCGUAUCGUUCAUGCAGAAGGCUCUACGUGGAUAAAAUCUCGCAACAUUGCUCUCUAGUCUUUAUUACUUACGCAGCCAUUUUGCCACGUGUGUUGUAAGUCCUUAAAUACCUACAAGGUAUCCCUAUACACUUCAGGAUGGGUAGGGAGGACAAAACAACAUGGAAGUCUAAUUAUUUCACCAAGCUUGUACAACUAUUGGAUGAUUAUCCAAAAUGCUUUAUUGUGGGAGCAGACAAUGUUGGCUCCAAACAGAUGCAACAAAUACGUAUGUCAUUGCGUGGAAGUGCAGUAGUUUUGAUGGGCAAGAACACCAUGAUGAGAAAAGCCAUUCGUGGUCAUGUUGAACGCAAUGCUGCGUUAGAAAAACUACUACCUCAUAUUCGUGGUAAUGUUGGAUUUGUUUUUACCCGAGGAGAUUUAAUUGAAGUAAGAGACAAACUACUGGAAAAUAAAGUGCGAGCACCUGCUAGAGCUGGUGCCAUUGCACCCUUGAGUGUUAUCAUCCCAGCUCAGAAUACAGGACUCGGCCCUGAAAAAACUUCAUUCUUCCAAGCUUUGAGUAUACCAACCAAGAUUUCCAAGGGAACUAUUGAAAUUAUUAACGAUGUACACAUUCUCAAACCUGGCGAUAAAGUGGGAGCUUCAGAAGCUACACUUCUGAAUAUGUUGAAUAUUUCUCCCUUCUCAUAUGGUUUACUUGUUGAACAAGUAUAUGAUUCUGGCACCAUUUUUGCCCCUGAGAUUUUAGAUAUCAAACCCGAGGAUCUCCGCGAGAAAUUUUUGACUGGGGUUGCGAAUGUAGCCUCAAUUUGUUUGGCAAUUGGUUAUCCCACAAUCGCUAGCGCACCGCACAGUGUUGCUAAUGGCUUCAAGAAUCUGUUGGCCAUUGCUGCUGUUACUGACGUUGAGUUUGCAGAAGCUGCUACUAUCAAGGAGUAUAUCAAGGAUCCGAGUAAGUUUGCUACUGCUGCCGUAGCGGCUCCAUCAACUGCAGCUACCGACGCUCCUGUUGCAGAGAAGAAGGAAGAAAAGAAAGAAGAGUCUGAAGAAUCUGACGAUGAUAUGGGAUUCGGAUUAUUUGAUUAAAAAACUGUCGAAAGUAUGCAUUUCUUCGCUCUGACAUUGAAAUAAAACACUAUUAAUACGA